AUGCUGAAAACAAUCAUAGGCACCAUUGUGUUGCUGAUACCACAACCAGCACUGUCAAACUCUGCUGCCGACGAGAACCGAGGACCGUUCACCGCUCUGUGCACAUUAGUCAACCUUGCAAAACAGCCGCCAGCCCAACUGCAAGCGCCGGCAGAUAUUGCAGCGACGCUGGAAACAAUAGCAGCCAUCAAUAUGACAGUCGCCGACAGCACUUUUAUGGACAAAGUAGAUGUCAACAAGGAUUACGCCACAGCAGACCAGCCGUUCAGAGACGCAAGGCCCGGAUGGGAAAAGAACUACGCCCUAUUUAGCAAAGCAAAGAGAAAAGCAACGGGCGACGAAAAAGCUAAGUUUGCCAGCUGGGCAGCAAAAAAAGGCAUACCAAACCUAAAACAGCAGGUCAUAAAAUUAGCAGAAGCGGCGCAAAAGAUAGGGGCGGACGCGGAAGCGGCAGCAAGCCGACUAGCCACGGGCAAAGUGGAAGAAUUACUAAACAAAGCAUUGUACGGCACAGCAGCACCGACAGAUACCUCAUACAAGCUAGCAACCGACACGGCGGACAACAGAGCAAAGCUUUGCUCGCAAAAGGGAGGCAAAGGGAAAAGCAUUCCCGGGAAGAGCCUGGUUCACGACCUAAUUUGUCUCUGUGCCCGCGGGCCAAACUCAGACGCAUCGCAAGGCAAGGCAUGCUGCGGCGACUGCGACGGAAACCUAGCGACAGAAGUUGCUGUCAACAGCGACGCCAAAACGCAAAUAGACGCGCUUACAAAGGCUUGCAGCAAGCUAGGCAGCCCAACGGAAUUAACUCGAGCGACGCUAACCGGCGCAGUAGCGGCGUUAGCCAACCAACUGCAACACAAAACGGCAACGCAAAGCAGCGAAAACAAUGUUCUCGGCACAAUGCACAGCGACGGUAGCGCCGGAUGCACAGGCAACGCCGCGAGCAACGGCGGUAAGUGCGUGGUCUACAAAGAUGGGCUAACGAGCAGCGGAGACAACGCCGUACAGUGGCUUAAACAUCUGCAAGAAGCAAUCAGCGAAGAGGCGCGGCGCCACGCAGCCAGCCAGAAGCUGCAAACUCUCGCCACGCAAAUAAAGUUGCUAAAUAUAACUCUUGCAGCCUUAGAACACGGAACAACAGCACAGGAACAUGUCGCAGCUGAAGACAAACCUAAAGCAGCUGACUCAACAGACAAAAAUAAAGAGUGCAAUAAAGCCAAGGAUGACAAAGAAAAAUGUAAUGAGUUAAAGGAAAAAGGGUGUGUUUUCAACGAAACAGGAGAAGCAAAUAAAAAGUGCCAAUUCAAUGAAACAAAAGCCUCAAAAAAUGGUGUCCCUGUAACACAAACUCAAACUGCAGGAUCAACUGAAGCAACUGCUGUAAACUGUGGUCAACAUAAUGAAAAAACUAAAUGUGAAGAAGAAAACAAGGGAAAAUCUAGUCCUGUUUGUGGCUGGAGGAAGGGAAAAGAGGGUGAACCCGAGCAAGAUAAAGAAAUGUGCCGCUCUUCCAGUUUUCUCCUAAACAACAAAUUCGCCCUCAGCAUGGUUUCUGCUGCUUUUAUGGCCUUGCUUUUCUAA